GUGUAGCUCCUAAACAUUCGCCAUUGUCAUAUAUAAAUAACCAGUACUCCAGCCAGCUAUUGAAGUAGUACCUAACCAACCUUGUGUUGUGAAUACCAAAAGACAGAGCAACAAUGGGCUUCUUCACCACCACCACCACCAUCAUCAACAACAGCCCACGUCUCAUAUUCUCUUUCUUCUUCAUUUUUUUCAUUCUAUCAUCCCAUUCCCUCUUCUCCAUCUGCAAUGCUUUUGAAUCUGAAGUUGAGGAUGAAACACCUUUCACCUAUGUGGAGGGAACUGGAAAAGGACCAAGAAAAUGGGGCAAGGUUAAUCCACAUUGGAAAAGUUGUGGCAAUGGAAAAUUGCAAUCUCCCAUUGAUGUUGUUGACCAAAGAGUGAAAGUUUUUCCUAAUUUGGGGAAAUUGAAAAAGGAUUACAAGCCAGCUCCUGCCACUCUUAAGAAUAGGGGACAUGAUAUUGCUGUGGAAUGGAAAGGAGAUGCAGGAAAAAUUAACAUAAAUGGGACUCGCUACAAACUGCUACAGUGUCAUUGGCACUCUCCCUCUGAGCACACCUUCAAUGGAACAAGGUACCAUUUGGAACUUCACAUUGUUCAUCUCAGCUCCUGCGGAACAAUAGCUGUUGUUGGAAUUGUAUACAAAUAUGGUCAGCCGGAUCCGUUUCUUGCAAAGUUGAUAAACCAUAUUAAGUCCACUGAUAAAGAGAGAUACUUGGGAAUUGUUAAUCCGGGUGAUAUAAAGUUUGGGAGCAGAAAAUACUACAGAUAUAUUGGUUCUCUUACAGUUCCUCCAUGCACAGAGGGUGUUAUUUGGACAAUAGUCAAGAAGGUGAGAACAGUUUCAAGGGAUCAAGUUCAAGCAUUAAGGGAUGCUGUUCAUGACGGAUUUGAGGCAAAUGCAAGGCCAAUUCAACAACUAGAUGGAAGAACAAUUUUCCUCUAUAAUCCCGGAGUCAGUGCACGUUCUAUUUAAAAUUUCAUACAAAUUAAAGUGAAAAUACGAAUUCUAUUUUAUAACCAGCGUUUCUACGUUCAACGAAGUAUCUUGGAUGGAAUUGUCUGCUUCCUUCCAUGUUGAAAUGAUGUGAAUAAAAGACAGUUACUAAUAGAAAGUACUUGUGAUUGAGAUGAAUAUUUCAUCAAGAGGUGUUAAUUGACAAGUACAUUGUGCAUGAAUCAUUAAGAAGCCACAAUGCAUUUUAGAUUU